AGCAUGUAUUCGAUCGUGCGCACCGGUAAGGUGUAAGAUUGCCUAGACAUCAUACGAUUUUGCGACAUGGUGGACUCUCAAUUUGGUCCGGUUUCUGAAGCGAGCCUCGGCCUCGAGCCGUGCUCGAAUUUCCAUAUCAACGAUUACAUCAGUGCUGGUUUACCUACGACUCACAACGAAAUUUUGCAGUUUCUACACAAACAAGAUGGACCUCGGGAUGAUUGGCGCCUUCUGGAGGACAGUCGCACAGUUGACGGCUUAUCUUUAUCUAUCGAAGAAUGCAUACGUUGGGGCAUCUCCCCUGAUUUUAUCAGACGCUGGUUUGGUGGAAUUAAGUUCGACGUUGUCGAUGACGAUUUUGCUAUCACUCAGACAGAGAAUUACUACAGUACUGUUUUGCAUGAAAAAGUUUUUGUCAACG